GAAGAAAAACAAAAAUGGAGGCAACCAUGAAACCUUAUGUUUGUAAAGUCUGUAAAAAAUGUUUUGUAUUUAAAGAGAACUUUAAAACGCACAUGAGAAUGCAUCCUUCUGAAAAACGUUAUGGUUGUGAAGUGUGCGAAAAACGCUUUACACGAAUUGCUGAUUUAAAAACACACAUUAGAAUACAUACUGCGGAAAAACCUUACAUUUGUGAAAUAUGUAGAAAAGGUUUUUCCCAAAUUAGUAGUUUAAAAUCUCAUAUAAGAAUACAUACUGGAGAAAAACCGUACAUUUGUGAAGUGUGUAGAAAAGGUUUUACCCAAAUUCAUCAUUUAAAAUCUCAUCUAAGAAUACACACUGGAGAAAAACCGUACAUUUGUGAAGUGUGUCAGAAGUGCUAUGCACGAAAUUAUAUUUUGGAAAUACACAAAAGAAGACAUACUGCAGAGAAACCUUAUGUUUGUGAAGUUUGUAAAAAACGUUAUGCACAAAAUAGUUCCUUAAGAGCACACAUGAGAGCUCAUACUGGAGAUAAUUCUCAUGUCUGUCAAGAGUAAAGUAAAAGCUUUGCAUACCUAUCUAAUUUGAUAAUUCAUAUGAGAACACAUACUGGAGGGAAAGCUUAUGUUUGUGAUGCGUGUGAAAAAAGCUUGUUGGGAUUGAGUAAUUUAAAAAUCCACAUAGCAACACACACGGCAGAGAAACCUUAUGUUUGUGAUAUGUGGAAACAAUCUUUUGCACAGAAGAGUUAUUUAAAAAAACAUAUACCUAAAACACACUGCUGAAAAACUUUGUUUGUGAAGUGUGUUAAAAAGACUGCACACUUUCAUUGUUAAAAA